AGGACAUGUGUGUUCCAGGGCUGGGGGAAGGGUAAUACCCCUGUAAGCACAGAGAAGACAUGGAGUCGGAGGCAGCAGGGGUGGCUAAGGAGGUUUGGGGCGGCUGAUUUCCCAGAGAGAAGGAUGGAAGGGAAUUCUCCCACCCCAGUGACACAGGAAUCCUGAUAUCCACUGUCUGAAUUGGGACAAUGUACUGAGACAGGCUGUCAGGGAAAGAGACAUACAGAGAGCGUCUGGGAAAGCGUUCCAGGGAGACGCCUGGCUGGGCACUAUGGGAAGGCAGUGCGGCGAGGAGACCAUGGCUGGGGGCAAAAUAAGGGGCACCUAGGGGGCAACUGGGACCCACUGGAACCCAAGAGCUCACACAAAGGCAGUUAGUGGGACGGCGCGGAAUCACCAGGGAAUUGUGUGGAUUUUGUCGCCUUCCAACAUCGUGGGAGAUGGAGUCCAGCGAGGGAUAAUUACACCAUCAUCCUCUGUGUGAGGCAACAAAAUGGUGGCACGUGGCACGGACACUCUGGAUUCAGCCAAUGAAAGUCGCCUCCUUUCCUCCGCAGCCAAUCCCGGUGUUAAAGGAAGACCAAGCAAAAGGAUCACGCGAGGUCCUUUCGUAAAAUUGGCAGAUUGUGCCCAUUAUCACUAUGAGAAUGUCAACUACGGACCAAUUCAGCUCGGCCUGUCUGAUUCCCGCACUGAGGAUGCCGGUAGCACUGAGGGGGAUGUCAUCUAUAUUGUACAGGUCACAUGUCAGGGACGUUCCUGGUCCGUUCUGCGCAGUUAUGAGGAUUUCCGGGUGUUGGACUCCAACCUUCACCGUUGUAUCUUCGACCGGCGCUUCUCCCAACUGCUGGAGCUGCCCCCCCGCUCUGAGCUGCCCGCCCAAGGCCAGCUCCUCGCCCCUCUGCUCUCUCGGUAUCUGAAAGGUCUCACCGGAAUUGUUGACAGUAACAUCAACUGUGGCCCCAUACUGAACUGGAUGGAGAUUGAUAACCAUGGCAACCGGCUGUUGGUAAACGAAGAAGCGUCCAUCAACGUCCCUGCCAUUGCCGCUGCCCACGUGAUCAAGCGCUACACAGCACAAGCCCCCGACGAGCUGUCGUUUGAGGUUGGGGAUAUUGUGUCGGUGAUUGACAUGCCCCCCAGGGAGGACACCAGCUGGUGGAGAGGGAAACACAGCUUUCAGGUGGGUUUCUUCCCCAGUGAGUGUGUGCAGCUCAUCACAGACAGUAAGAGCCCCUCUCCCACAGGAGAGGGGGAUGUAAAGUUGCCAAUCACACCUCCCCAUGGCUCCAACUCUCCCAGACCAGUGUGUCGGCGGCACGGGAAGCUGGCCGGUCUCUUGCGCAGUUUCAUGGCGUCUCGGCCCAGCAAGCAGCGCCUGAGGCAACGGGGCAUCUUGCGAGAGAGGGUAUUUGGCACCGACCUGGGGGAGCACUUGCUGAAUUCCGGAGAGGAGGUUCCCAGGGUGCUGCUGUGUUGCGCUCAGUUCAUAGAGAAGUUUGGGGUCGUGGAUGGGAUUUAUCGCUUGUCGGGGGUCUCUUCCAACAUCCAGAAACUGAGGCACGAGUUCGAUAGUGAGCGGAUCCCGGAUCUCUCUCGGGACACCUUCCUGCAGGACGUGCACUGUGUCAGCUCUCUGUGCAAGUUGUACUUCCGCGAGCUCCCCAACCCGCUGCUCACCUACCGCCUGUACCAGCCCUUUACUGAAGCCAUGUCAGCAGCCACCGAGGAGGACAAACUCAUCCGUGUACAUGACCUCAUCCAGCAACUCCCACCCCCGCACUACAGGACACUCGAGUACCUGAUGAAACAUUUGUCCCAGUUAAGCACCCACAGUGACCGUACGGGGAUGCACGCCCGCAAUCUGGCCAUCAUAUGGGCUCCCAACCUGCUGCGCUCACGGGACAUGGAGUCAGUGGGGACGCCGGGGGCGGACGCGUUCCGCGAGGUGCGAGUGCAGUCAGUGCUGGUGGAGUUUCUGCUGUGCAACGUGGAGACCCUCUUCAGUGACACCUUUACUUCUAUUGGUCGUUGCGGCCCAAUUAGGCCUCGCUCCCUGUUGGGCGUCUGUCCAUCAGGGCGUCUGGUAAGCUUGCAGGAAGCUCAGGCUCGGAGCCAGAGCCAAAGAGAAGCUGCCGAGAAGCUGGGCGCAGAGAAGGCAUCUCCCACCAAGGCCGAGAGGGGGCUGGAGAGCAGUGAGGAAAGGAAGGCCGCGCGCGGCAGAAAGAAAUCGGGAGGCGGCAGCAGCUGGAGAACUUUCUUUGCAAUUGGGAAAAACUCCUCACACAAGAAGUCUCGCCCCGGGGGCAUAGGGAAUGCGGCAGCCCACCCAAGAGUCUCGGACACGGUCACUCUGCGCUCGGCUAAAAGUGAGGAGUCUCUGUGCUCUCACACCAGCGGAACCGGAUUGCAGAGGUCGUCACGGCUCCGCCGGCCCAGAUCCACAAGCGACGGCCUCACCACCCGGCUGCCACACAGUCGCUCUGUGGAGAGUUUGGGGCCCUCCUCCCCUUCCCCUCCCUGUGUGCCGUCUCCCCCAGCUUCAGCCCGGCCCCAGUCUGCCUGGAUAGAGGAGGAGCUUGACCUGUCCCCCCCUCUCCCUGACACAGAUGGGUUGGGCUUUGACCCCCUGUCCUUCCGCCUCUCUUUCUCUGACCAUGAAGAAGCCAAGUCCCCCAUUAUAGUGAGGGCGGAGAUAACGAGUCCGGCGCUGGCUAAAGCCCUCCCCCGAGGAGUCAGCCUGUCCCCCACAGCUGGCUGCUCCCCCUCCCCUACACACAGCCCCCCAGAGAGACUGCUUGUGGAUGGGCCAAGCCAGGGGCCACGUGACCUGUCCCCCCCACCCCAGAUGCUGUCCCUCCUGCUCCAGUCCUGCCAGCAGCACCUCAGUGAUAAGAGUGUGAGAGAGGUGAAAGGGAAACUGACUGGGGCCCCCGGCCAGGAAGAGCCCCCCAAUAGUCUGUCUCCCCAGGAGUCUGCGCAGCCUCCUUCACUGUCUCUUCUGCGCCAGCUCCCCCCUCCUCCUCCUCCUAAAGAUCCGGCGCGGCUGAUGGCCCUGCGGCUGGCAGAGAGUGCCCAACGUGCCUUGCAGGCCUCCAUCUCGAUAGGCACAGUCCCAGCCAAGGUGUCCCAGCGCUCUGCGCCCAUGAACCCUCCCACCUCCGCAUUCCGACGCUCUCUUUCCAUGGAGUGCAGUGAGAGCGCUGUGCCGAGGGAGCUGUACUCUGAUCUCCGCCCCCCUGCACUGAGCACCAAUGACAAGAGCGUCGGACAGCACCGGCCUUUGAGACUGCCCGCCCACAAUACUCUGGCCCCCAGUUCCUCUCCAGCCGAUGUCAGGAAGCCGACGCCUACAGGAAUCCCACCUACUCGUGCCCCCCGUCUUCACACGCGUUCAGGAAGCCUCCCUGCUCCUCCGAGCCUGUGCCCCCCCAGAAUCCGACCUCCCCCAUACCGAUUCCCCGAGGAAGGACCCCGGCUGCCCCACCAAUGUUCAGCUCCACCUUGGCCGGAACCAGAAGGUCUUUACUAUGAGAUUGUGGGGGACCCUCCUCAUAUGGCCCCUCUUAAUACGUCGUAUGGUCUGAUCCAGCCGCCGUGGCCUCAUGUGGGCUCCUCCCAGGCCCAUUCGGGUUUUGGGAACUGGUACGGAGCAAGUCAUGGUACUGACCCAGAGGUGGUGGCCUAUUCACGCUGGGACCGGGGCCUCCAUCCUCAGCUUCGGCCUUACAUGGUUGGGGGGGGAGUCCACUAUCCGUACGUGAGGACCCCGGAAAGUGUCGGGAAACGAGAGGAACCGAUAUACGUCAACCUUCCUCUCAAGGGGAGGGAGCAGCACGACGGAACCAAUGACGUCGCAGGGUUGAAACCCGAGUUGCCCCAGAAACAGCGGCCCCCCAAUCCCCCAAGCAUGGCGUAUCACGAGAGCAUCCGAGGAGUAGCCCAAAGGCAAGUGAGACACCCCCACUUACUGCGGAGAGAAGGUUCCCUUGGAUACUUCCGCCCCCCUUCGUCUCACAAAGCAAUGUGGGGGACGCAGCAUAAAUUCCCCCAGGGCAGAGAGAACCCCAUCUUUGCUUACGAGGCUCCGACAGGAGCGGGACAGAGGAUGAGAUACGUACACCCUCAUUGCCUGCUCUCCGAGGAGGGGACAUUAUACGGGAACCUGGAACAAAGAGGGGUCCAACACCGCUCAGCCACCCCUGUGGGGCCCCCCGGGUUCCUCAGAGCCCCCUGGACAGUCCACUCAGAGGGACAGACGAGGAGUUACUGCUGAGGAUGAAUGAGAUUAAACAAGUGAAUUUGGUCAUUGGGGCCCCCACACACUGGGCCACAUCUGUUAUAAUGGCGGAUAUGGGGGUAACCUGUGCUCCUCCCUAUUGCUGAGGGGCCCUCGAUCAAAUGGCGGUUUGGUGUAACCACGUGGGCUGAAGCCGAGGCUCUAUGUCCCUUUACUUCCCUGUCUACUGUGCUUCAUAGUGUCCGGAGCUUACACUCAUUAUUGGUUGCUAAUAGUCGUUGCUAGGGGUGGUAAAAACCUAAUCAAAGUUGGGGUCUGUUGGAAUGGGAAAUACCAAUAUGAGGGCAAAUGCCUGGAAAUUUCACCCAGACCAGGAAGCAGCGGUUUCGUCGCUGAGUAGUGAUGUCAUCACUUUUACGUGACAUCAGCUUGGGCAGAACCAUGGGACAAGUGACGUAGGGGGGGUUUGUCUGGCCCUAGUGUUGGAUCUGGGGCCUGAAGGAAGUAGAUUAGCACUUCUGGGGCUUAUGCCCACCUACAGAACAGGAAAAUAUUAGAGGGCCCCUGGGCAAUACAGGACAUCUGGGACCCCAAACUUAGGCGGGGGGGGGAGGUCCAAUCUGGUGAUGGGAUACUGAGAUCUGUAGUCCGGCAAGGCUGAAGGCCAUAUCCUGAGGCAUAUAUGUAGCCAAUAGAAUAUGCUCUUUUUCCCCCAUUGGGUCCUGGGCAAUAUCCUAAACUUGGCCUUGCUGGCCAGUACUGGUAGCUAGUGGCCAAGGGAUGCUCUAGGCAUGUAUUUGGGUUGGCUGGCCAGUACUGGUAGCUAGUGGCCAAGGGAUGCUCUAGGCAUGUAUUUGGGUUGGCUGGCCAGUACUGGUAGCUAGUGGUCAAGGGAUGCUCUAGGCAUGUAUUUGGGUUGGCUGGUCAGUACUGGUAGCUAGUGGUCAAGGGAUGCUCUAGGCAUGUAUUUGGGUUGGCUGGUCAGUACUGGUAGCUAGUGGCCAAGGGAUGCUCUGAGCAUGUAUUUGGGUCGGCUGGUCAGUACUGGUAGCUAGUGGCCAAGGGAUGCUCUAGGCAUGUAUUUGGGUCGGCUGGUCAGUACUGGUAGCUAGUGGCCAAGGGAUGCUCUGAGCAUGUAUUUGGAUCGGCUGGCCAGUACUAAUAGCUAGUGGCCAAGGGAUGCUCUAGGCAUGUAUUUGGGUCUGGUAGCCAGUACUGGUAGCUAGUGGCAAAGGGAUGCUCUAGGCAUGUAUUUGGGUCUGGUAGCCAGUACUGGUAGCUAGUGGCCAAGGGAUGCUCUAGGCAUGUAUUUGGGUUGGCUGGCCAGUACUGGUAGCUAGUGGCCAAGGGAUGCUCUAGGCAUGUAUUUGGGUCGGCUGGUCAGUACUGGUAGCUAGUGGCCAAGGGAUGCUCUAGGCGUGUAUUUGGGUCUGGUAGCCAGUACUGGUAGCUAGUGGCCAAGGGAUGCUCUAGGCAUGUAUUUGGGUCUGGUAGCCAGUACUGGUAGCUAGUGGCCAAGGGAUGCUCUAGGCAUGUAUUUGGGUCUGGUAGCCAGUACUGGUAGCUAGUGGCCAAGGGAUGCUCUAGGCAUGUAUUUGGGUCGGCUGGCCAGUACUGGUAGCUAGUGGCCAAGGGAUGCUCUAGGCGUGUAUUUGGGUCGGCUGGGCAGUACUGGUAGCUAGUGGCCAAUGGCUGCUCUAGGCAUGUAUUUGGGUCGGCUGGUCAGUACUGGUAGCUAGUGGCCAAGGGAUGCUCUAGGCAUGUAUUUGGGUCGGCUGGGCAGUACUGGUAGCUAGUGGCCAAUGGCUGCUCUAGGCAUGUAUUUGGGUUGGCUGGUCAGUACUGGUAGCUAGUAGUCAAGAGAUGCUCUUGGCAUGUAUUUGGGUCGGCUGGUCAGUACUGGUAGCUAGUGGCCAAGGGAUGCUCUGAGCAUGUAUUUGGGUCGGCUGGCCAGUACUGGUAGCUAGUGGUCAAGGGAUGCUCUAGGCAUGUAUUUGGGUCGGCUGGGCAGUACUGGUAGCUAGUGGCCAAGGGAUGCCCUAGGUGUGUAUUUGGGUUGGCUGGCCAGUACUGGUAGCUAGUGGCCAAUGGCUGCUCUACGCAUGUAUUUGAGCCUCUGUAUUUAGAGGCUAUUUAGUCUUGGGCAGGAUCUUGGCUCCUAACAUAGCCCCCCAGCACUUACACAGACCUACUCUCUGGCACCCAAGCUACACGGCGGCCCUUCACCCCCCCGUUGCCUGUAAGUGCACUCUGUAGCCUAAUGAGACUGCGCUCUUGCCAUUCAGUUGAAUUAUUGCGCGCCAGUGGCAUUGGGGGAGAGCAUUGCUGGCACUUAGAGAUGCCACUUAGUGCACUGGUCUAAUUGCUCUGGCAGAGAAAACCUCUCGUUCAGGUUCUGUUUAACAGAGACAGUUGCUGCCAAUGAGACAGCCUCCCGGCAAUGGGGGGCGCCCUACAAUUCAUGGGUAUUUUCCAUGUAAUCCUCGUAUUACUAAAAAAAAUCGAAAGGAAAAGUGGUGCCAUACUGAUUCCCUGGGAGGUGCCUCAUUGGCCAUAGAGCAACCAACAUGGCAGCUCCCUCUCUGCAUAUAGCCAGCAAAGCACUUACCCUUGCUGUCUGCUCAUUGGUCAGGAAUCCCUAAGGCCCCUUGUCAUUAGCAACAUCCAAGAGACCCAUUAUGAUUGGCUGCCGGCAGGGGCAGUAGGAAUUUAUGAUCUAAUACACCCUGGGCUGUGCCCAACCCUGUACUAGGGGGACGUCGGGGUCUGACCGACCCCCCCCUGCUUGUUAAUAUGUAAAAUAUAUUGUGUAAAGGGGGGUCGCUACCCACAAUCCCCUGCAUUAGGGUACGGGGAAGGCUCGCAGACACGCUAAUUGCCCACCACUUAAGCCUAAUGCUGAUUGCAGCUUAAUAGGACUUAAUGAAUUAAAGCCAUUAGUGCCAGACGGAGGUGAGACGUCCGCAAAUCCCAUUAGUUCUGAGCAGUUGAACUGCGGAGCCAUUAGGCUUGGAGAGAGCGCACAGAAUCCCAUAUUCCGACCCUGCAAUGCAUUGUGGGAGUUUUCCCUAAUGCGUCUGAGAUUGAAACGAGCAAACGGAAAAAAUAUAUAUAAAAAGUACAGAAAAUUCAUGGAUUUUUUUCUGCUUGCACAAAUGAAGUACUUCCUGUUGUAUUUGACCACGCCCACAUCCUUUGUGCAUAAUAACGUCUGGGCAACACAUUGGCCGACACCCUGUGUGAGUGGGUAGAUCCAGUCUGAUUGGCUGGGAGCAAACCUUAAUUAAUUACUGCCCAAUUGGAAAAUAAUUAUGUCAUUGCGGGGAAAAUAAUCAUUUUGGGUACAGGUAUGGGAUCUAUUAUGCAGAAUGCUCGGGGCCUGGGGUUUUCUGGAUAAAGGGGUCUUUCUAUAAUUUUUUAAAUUAUUUCAUUAUAAUGGAGUCUAUGGGAGAUGGUCUUCCCGUAAUUCGGAACUCUCUGGAUAACAGGUCUCCGGAUAACAGAUCCCUAUACCUGUAUAUUGCCAGAUAUUGACAGUCAGGUGUGUAACUAUGGAGAAACCAAGCAGACCCCCAUGGCUCCUGGGGGCCCCGGGAUUUGAUUAUAAUGGAGUCUUUGGUGAUGGUCUUCCUGUAAUUCAGAGUUUUCUGGAUAACGGGUCUCCGGAUAACAGAUCCCCAUACCUAGAUAUUGACAGUCAGGUGUGUAACUACAGAGAAACCAAGCAGACCCCCAAGGCUCCUGGGGGCCCCGGGAUUUGAUUAUAAUGGAGUCUUUGGUGAUGGUCUGCCUGUAAUUCAGAGUUUUCUGGAUAACGGGUCUCCGGAUAACAGAUCCCCAUACCUAGAUAUUGACAGUCAGGUGUGUAACUAUGGAGAAACCAAGCAGACCCCAUGGCUCCUAGGGGCCCCGGGAUUUGAUUAUAAUGGAGUCUAUGGGAGAUGGCCUUCCUGUAAUUCGGUGCUCUCUGGAUAACGGAUCUCCGGAUAACAGAUCCCCAUACCUAGAUAUUGACAGUCAGGUGUGUAACUAUGGAGAAACCAAGCAGACCCCAUGGCUCCUAGGGGCCCCGGGAUUUGAUUAUAAUGGAGUCUAUGGGAGAUGGCCUUCCUGUAAUUCGGUGCUCUCUGGAUAACGGAUCUCCGGAUAACAGAUCCCCAUACCUAGAUAUUGUCAGGUGUGUAACUAUGGAGAAACUAAGCAGACCCCCAUGGCUCCUGGGGGCCCCAGAACAAUAGGGGCCCAGAUAUCGCAGGACACUGACUGAUAAACUGGCAGUUUUAUUCUAUCUUUUUUUAAAAUUGUUUUUAUUAUAGUUUAGGGGGCCCCUAAAAUGGCUUUGCUGUGGGGCCCCAGUAACGUUAAGGCGUGUAACACUGGCCCUCAGCUGAGGGGACACAUUAAUAGCACUUAAAUCCAAGCCACUCUAUCUUUAUACACAAGAAAGAGUUUUUAGCCUUUGAUCCCGCCUCCCCCCCGCCCCCUCCCCCGCCUUUAGAACAGAUGUUUUUACAUAUCGGCAACAAUCUGAACCCUCUGGUUUUCCGGAACCAGUUCCGCAGCCUCGUAUCCCCUGAUACUCACUAUCUGUCAGCGCCUGUCAGGGCCGCCCUCCGACUGCAACACUUCAUAUUUCAUUCCCCGCGCGCCUCUACGUUAGGACUUAAUGGGAACGUAAUUCCCAAAAAUAAAAGUUGCCCCAGGGGAAGAACUGGUCAGUCCGAGCAACUUCCCAAUAUACAUUCAUUAGCAAAACCCGGCGGUUCUAAAGUUACGCGAAAAUAUCGUUGCACUGCGCGUUCAGCCAUUUCUGCAGCCUCUCGAUACAAUGUAGCAAAGGCAGAUCACAUGACAUGGCUGAUACAUUGUAUCGAGAGGCUGCAGCAAUGGCUGAACGCACAGUGCUUUCAUUAUCCACUACUUUUACUCAUAACUUUAGAACCAAUGAACAUUUUUAAUGAGUGUAUAUUGGGAAGUUACUCAGAAUGACUUUUUCUAUUAUGGGUCAGAAUUUGGGGUUAGGGUUUACUUCCCUUUAAAUUGUAUGGCAGUAAUUGAUUCGUUACCGGCACUAAUGUGUGCGCAAUCCGGGGGGGAAUCCUAUACACGGAUAGUAGUGACCCUGCUGGGGGUCCCAGACGUUGCAUGGAGGGAUUAUGGGCUGUAAAUAUUGUGAAUAUUUGGUAACCGUAGCACAUAAAAAUGGGCGUUUCCUGUUCCCGUUGGUUUCUAUUCACUUCAGUUUUAACUUAUCGUUGGGUGUUUUACUGUUACUGUUGGCAACGAGGGGACCCGGGGGAACGAGAAAUGGAAUAUAUUCAUUUUAAAGGGGAACUUAGCUAUUCAGUUUCACCAGUCUACUGGUGGAAGCGCUAUGAGCCGGUGAGGCUGAUCUCCCUGAGGAUUCUGGGAGUGGCCUUGUAUCCGGGGCCCGGAGGACCAUGUGACCUAGUCCGGGUGAUACCAUUUCUCACAGGAGGGCAGAACCCCGGGUAUCUUCCCGAUGGAAUUCUCUGGAUGGAAAUGCAGCGAUGCUGUAAAUAUUGUAAUUUUCUUUUAUAUAUUAACCCCCUUCGUGCCAGAGGGGUGCCCAACGCGGUUCAUGGUUUUUAUUUAUACGGAGGUCGAGGUCCCUCUUGGUUUAUUUUCGUCUCUGUCGCCUCAGACUGAAAUAACCGGCUGCGUUGGUUCUGUCGCAAAUCCGAUUAAUACACAUUGUGGUAACAUUCUAUGAUGUAAUAAAACGUCUUAUGCAA